UUUAAAGCGUGCUCCCGUACGAGUGAGUGAACGGAUGGAUGCAUGCGACACCUUAUUUGACAUAUCCUACUUUGUGCCUACCACGUUGCUGAGCAUCCCGGGUGGAUUUACUGAUAACAGUAGGUUGGACAUAUUUCAUAUUUUGGAUUUGGAUGCAAUCGCAAUAUUUACUUGAACUGCAUAGAUGUCAAACAUGGCCUCUGCUUCAUCCAGCAGUGAAAGCGAGUCACAAAGUGUGCUUACCUGGGACCAAGUAAGCCGCUUGAAUGAUGUGCUAAAGGAAGCUGUGCCAGUCCAUGGCCGUGGCAACUUUCCCACCCUGGAGGUCCGGCUGAAGGAUAUUGUACAGAUAGUAAGAACCCGUCUUGAGCUCAGGGGCAUAAGGGUCAAAGAUAUACGUCUGAAUGGUUCCACAGCCAGCCAUGUGCUGGUAAAGGACAUUGGCUGGAGCUACAAAGACCUGGACGUUAUCUUCAGGGUAGACCUCCCUCGGGAAGAGGAUUUCCAGCUCAUCAAAGAUGUGGUUCUUGGCACUUUGUUGGACUUUCUUCCUGAUGGGGUGAACAAAGAGAAAAUCUCUUCCAUGACCCUGAAAGAGGCCUAUGUUCAGAAAUUUGUCAAAGUCUACACCGAGCAGGACCGUUGGUCCCUUAUCUCACUGUCCAACAACAAUGGCCGCAAUGUUGAACUGAAAUUUGUGGACUCGAUUCGGAGGCAGUUUGAGUUUAGUGUGGACUCAUUCCAGAUCAUUCUGGACUCCGUGCUGUCUUACUAUGAGAUCCCCAAAAGCCCCAUGUCCCAGCACUUCCACCCUACCGUUGUCGGGGAGAGCAUGUAUGGUAACUUUCCUGUAGCGCUGGACCACCUCAGGAACAAGCUCAUUGCAACCAAAAGGCCAGAGGAAAUCCGUGGAGGUGGUUUGCUAAAAUACUGCAACCUCCUAGUGAGGGACUUCAAGCCCACGGAUGAAGAUGAGUUCAAGGCCUUGGAGCGUUACAUGUGCUCUCGUUUCUUCAUUGACUUUCCUGACAUUGGUGAGCAACAGCGAAAACUGGAGGCUUAUCUGCAGAGCCACUUUAUUGGUGAGGAGAAGAACAAGUACAACUACCUCAUGAUUCUGCGCCGGGUUGUGAACGAGAGCACGGUGUGCCUCAUGGGACACGAGAGGCGGCAAACGCUCAACCUUAUCUCGCUUACAGCAUUUCGGGUGCUCGCGGAGCAGAAUGCCAUACCUGAUGCAUCCAGUGUCACCUGUUACUACCAGCCAGCUCCUUAUGUCAGAGACCUAAACUUCAACAACUACUACGUGGCCUCUUGUAACCAGUCCAUUCCAACUUGGUUGCCUUGUAAGUAAGGCGCAUCCAAAAAACACAAGUUGGCCAGAAAGCUGGAUAUUCGGGCAAAAGGGUUUUUUUUUCCCCUCUGUAGGCAUAAAGGAUAUUUAAAAUGACGUGUUCUCAAUUUCUUUCUUUUGCUUUUUUAAUUUCUUGUCUACAGAGGUGUCACAACAUUUUCUAAUCCAAAGCUAUAUAUUUUAGUGCUUGAAUUAAGAAUAUUUCUUUUUUCACUUAAUAUACAAAAUUUUCAGACUAGUUUUUGUCGCUCAGCUCUGACUGAGAUAAAAAUGUUUUCCACAUUGAAAAACGAUUCCCUUAGUGCCUUAAUAUACUCCAACCCUUAAAAGUGAAGGAUAUUUUGGGAGAAAAAAAAAAAAAAAGAUAUUUUUCUGGUGUGUUAACAUAAAAGUGCAAAAUGGCCGUGCGCGUGCACAAAAAAAAAAAGCAAAAAAGUCUAAAUUGGAAGAGGGAAAAAAAAAUUAUUGAAGAAAAGGCUAUAGAAGAUUUGCGCACAGGUGAACGUUAUCAGGAGUUUUUUUUUUUGGUACACUGGUGGGCAGCUAGUUACUUUUUGUUCUCAUGACUUGUAAUGUGAACUGAAUCAUGUUAAAGUAUUCAUAGCAAUGCUCUCCAGUUUGCUGUGUGAAUGCAUAAUACUUUUUUGUGUUCCACUGUAAAUUUGAGAAAUUACUAUAGUGCUAUUUGUAAAUUGUUCAGUCUAGCUGAUGCUCAUGGUGAGACUGAAAUUGGUUGCAACAUGCACAUUAAGACGGUUUUGUCCUUUUUCCAUAGAACUGAGAAGGACAUUUAUAUGAGGCAGUGUUUAUGAUCUAGAUAAGGAUAUAGUAGUUACAUUUUAUAUAGAGAGAAAGGGAUAAUCUUGGUAAUGAAUGUGCGCGUAUGUUUUUGAAUAAGAUUGGAAUGUCAAGGUUCUUCAUAGAAGCAUCUGCUCCUUAGCAUUUUGCAACCAUUAGCAGACUUUGCAUUGCCGUGUGUAACAAGACCUUCAGUCUCCUGUGGCCUAGCCAAGCCAACUGAUGUCACAGUGGUCUAAAAUUAUCCCUCUCCCUGCACCACAUGUGCCUUGAAUGGACAGUGUAUGGGGCGGAAUUUCGAAUGGGGCAACCGUCUUUCCUGUGCUUCUGACUACGGUCACUGUAGAUGAGGGGUGAAUGCUGGUAUGUCACCAAUCCUUAUCUGGUAAUAUAGGGCUGGGAGGAGUUGCCAGAGCCAGGGGCAUACCUUUACUACUACAAAUAGAUGUAACAGUGUGCAGAUUCCUUUUCAUUUUUGGCUUCAAUGAUGCUGAGCUUCCUGUUCAUAAUCUUCAUUGAGCUUUACUAUCUCCUAUCUUGAUUUGUAAGUGGAUUUGAUUGUAAAUGGACAGUUCUCCCAUAAAUAAAAUUGCAGAUGUUGUUGCAAAUGGAAUACAUAGAGAUGUUAUGCAGCAUGUUAGCCUCAGUCAUCAUUCACUUUAAUUGCAUCUUUUUUUCUGUGCUAUUUAAGUGAUCAUUGGUGACUGAAGCUAACAUUCUGCCUAGCAUCUUUUGUGUUCUAUGUAAAAGUCCUACAGAAUUGUGAGCAAAUUAUUUCAGAGUUGUAAUUUUUGGGUUAAACGAUCCCUUUGAUGACUUCAAAUAAGGGACACCGCAAUAAUCAGAGAUAUUAAGUCACUUUUAUGGUUUGUAAGAUGGUACUACAUUAUUUUAAUAGCUGUUCUUGUCUGCCCUCUCCCUGCCCCGUACAUUCUUGUGUGUUCCUCUUUCACCAUUAGUCCAUUCAAAGAAAUGCUGGUGCAUUGCUAGCUGCUCUUAAGUAAUGGCCAACAGCUGCCCCCUGCUCCUCGGUUUCCCCCUGCUCACAUGCCAUAGCUCAUGCUGGUUCAGCGCGUACAAGCACACGCAUUAAAGCACGAGAGCGAUGUUCCUUCUCUUAUCUGCUGUCACACAGACUUUUAGGGUUAGGAGAAGGGUCACACCUCAGAGCGUAUUCUGCUAUAAUGGAGUUUUAUUUUGUGUAGUGCGCUGCCCGCCCCCAGCAACAGCACAUGGGUGCCUUUGUUGUGGUGAUCCAUUUGUGUUUAGACUAUGACGGUGUAUGAAAUGAACCAAAACACCUUGUAAAUCAUUCUGUCUGUCCAAUUGGUUUUAAUAAUGGUGAAAGAGGAUGAUUGAACUUGGACUUUUUGGUAGGAGAUUGCCCCCUCUGGAGUCACGCCAAUGUUUUGCAACCCUAGUUGUCUAGUCAUUCCAUUUAUUCAGUGUAAUUUUCACGUCUUUUCUACGUCACCCUCAUAAUCUUCGCCAAACCAAAGUGGAAAGUGUGCAAUUUAUGGUAUUUUCUAAAUAUCUAAGGCCAAAUUGCUGGAAAAGUAUGCAUUUUAAAGGCCUUAUAGUACUCCAAAGCCCUGUGAGCACAUGAGUUCUAUGGGACUUUUUUUCUUCUAGUGGAUGGAGGUCUCAGGGAGAUGUCAGGAUGUGACAUAGGGCCACCGUGUAUCUUAAGAAUUGCUACUUGAUUUGAUCAGCACACUUCCUGAAAACAUGUUUAUCUUUUUUUGUUUUGUUUUCUGAAAAUCUUUUGUAUUACCAUUUGACUACAAAAAUGUCAGCUCAGUAGGAACUUUAUUUUUAAAUGUGUUUGGGUAUCAGUAUGAUCUGUAGUUGUUUUGGCUGCACAAAAAAAAAAAAAAAUUACCUUAAACUGCCAUUUUCAAACAUGCUUUUGUUAGAAUCUCCUGGUGUGUGUGUGUGUGUGUGUGUGUGUGUGUUUGUGUUUUUUUUAUCUUGUCCAGAUGCGCUUCACAUAUAUAAGGCCUGGUGUGAUGAGGCUUGGCUCAUUUCCUAUUUAAAGUCUGUGUACCGUAUGUUUCUUGGAAAGGGAGUGUUUAAAAUAGGAGAGCAUGCUUUUGUGUGUUUUGAAUUCAUGUUGUGUUCUAUUUUUAUCUUCUUUGUUCCCUUUUCUCACCUGUAACUCCAUAUUCCCUAGCGGUAGCCCCUCUUUCAUCAGUUGACAAAGGUGUUGGAGCUUUGUAACACUGCUCUGAAUGCAUCUGUAACUUUGCGUGUGUGCAGGGGAGGUUUAUUGGACUUGGACAUGCUUGUCUAGAGUGCAAGACUUAAUGAUGGAGGCUUUUAAAACCUUUUUGCAAUGUAAGAAGAAUUGUGGAUUUCUGCAUAUUGUCUUUUUUUUUUUUUUUGUCUGUUAGGAUGCUAUUGAAUGUGAGUUUAAAAAAAUUAAAGACUAAGUCGCACUAUGUAUUAUUUUGAAAUGGUUCCUCUGUCGACUUUGAUGUCGGCUUGGUGAUUAUGAUGUAGAUUUCAUUAUUAUGCCAUUUCAUUUGUCUGCACUUUUUUACCUUGCUAUAAUUUUCCUUCGAAUGGAAUUGAAAAUAAGGAAAAUAUGUAACGAGGGGGGAAAAAAAAUAAAGUAUUGAAAGUCAAAUCUUGUUUGCAUGCUCUUUUGUUCAUAGCCGUUGUAGUUAUAUAAUCUACAGUGAG